CUGGGAAGCGGUGGCUCAGGCAGAGCCGCUCUGCUGGCGCAGGCAGGAGGAGAAGGAGGAUUAUUAAAAAACGCAGCUCGACUCUGCAACUGGGAGUGGAGAAAAGGAGCUCAACAGCCGAGAAGGGGAGGGAGGGCAGAGGAAGGGACCAGGAAAGACACCCCGUGCCCCGAAGACAUAAAUUUCUGAGUGCCCGGGAGGAGCCUUAACAAGCGGCGCGGAGCCCUUCAAGGCUGCUAAGUUGGCUAUCACAGUGCAAGCCUUGGAGUCCCAAUGGGGGACUCAGGAUCAAGACGAUCUACCCUGGUCUCCCGGUUGCCAAUAUUCAGGAGAAGUAUUAGCAGAAGACAUGAUUCUCUUCCUUCUUCACCGUCCUCCAGUAAUACAGUUGGUGUCCACAGUUCCUCUCCUUCCAGCACUAACUCAAGCUCAGGUAGUACAGGUAAACGCAGGAGCAUAUUCCGUACUCCUUCCAUUAGUUUCCACCAUAAGAAGGGGAGUGAACCUAAGCAAGAUGCUACCAACCAGAACCUUAGUAUUUCAAAUGGUGCUCAAUCUGGUCAUAGCAGUAUGCCAAAACUGAGUUUGGAAGAACAUAUUAAAACAAGGGGAAGACAUUCUGUUGGUUUUAGCAGUUCACGAAAUAAGAAGAUAACAAGAUCUUUAACAGAAGAUUUUGAAAGGGAAAAGGAGCACUCAACUAAUAAGAAUGUCUUUAUAAAUUGCCUAAGUUCUGGCAAAAGUGAGGGGGAUGAUUCUGGAUUCACAGAAGAACAAACUCGCCAUUCUGUUAAGCAGUCAACAAAGAAGCUACUUACUAAAUCCUUUUCAUCUCACUAUAAAUUUUCUAAACCAGUUCCACAGAGUCAAUCCAUUUCAUUGGUACAACAGUCUGGAUUCUCAUUGGAAAUUACACAGUACCAAGAGAGAGAGCCUGUAUUAGUAAGAGCUUCUCCAUCUUGUUCCGUGGAUGUAACAGAACGAGCAGGAAGCUCUUUACAAUCUCCGCUGCUUUCUGCUGAUCUUACAACAGCUCAGACACCUUCAGAGUUCUUAGCCUUGACUGAAGAUUCUGUGUCUGAAACGGAUGCAUUUCCUCAAAGUGGAAGUAUGGCAUCCCACUGUGACAACUUUGGCCACAAUCAUUCUACCUCUCAGAUCUCUUCCAAUCCUGCUGCUGUUACAAAGACAACAAUAGACCUUAUGGGAACUGUUCCCUGUGCAAUUAUGUCUCCUGGAAAAUACAGGUUAGAAGGCCGAUGUAGCGCUGAAUCUAAUUCCUUAUCAGAAACCUCUGCUGCUAAUCAGAAGGAAGUGUUAUUGCAAAUCACUGAACUACCUGUUAUGAAUGGGAACAACUCAGAGACUCACCUAUCGGGUGAUAUGCAAAGAGAAGAACAUGUGGUAGUACAAAAUGGUGAAAAAAUGUUGGCGACAAGCUCCCCAAGGAAACUUGGAUUUUAUGAGCAACAUAAAGCAAUAGCUGACCGUGUUAAAGGGAUUCAUCCUAUUUCAGAUUCAAGGAUAAUACCCUCUUCUGGUGAUCAUCAUAUUUUUAACAAAACAUCAUAUGGAUAUGAAUCAAACCCUGCCAAAGUGCUUGCCAGUAGCUUCAGUCCAUAUCGUGAAGGAAGAUUUAUAGAAAGGCGACUGCGAUCCUCAUCUGAAGGAACUGCAGGGAGUAGCAGAAUGAUUUUGAAACCAAAAGAUGGAAAUGUAGAAGAAGUGAAUAGUCUAAGAAAGCAAAGAGCAGGUUCAUCAUCUUCAAAAAUGAACAGCAUGGAUGUUUUGAAUAAUUUGGGAUCUUGUGAACUGGAUGAAGAUGAUCUAAUGCUUGAUCUAGAGUUUUUGGAGGAACAGAAUCUUCAUCCUUCGGUUUGUCGGGAGGAUUCUUACCACUCCGUAGUCUCAUGUGCUGCUGUGGUUCUACCAACGAUAGAAAUGAAGAAAAGAGAAGAACUAAAAUUUCCUGAACCUUCCAAACAGAAUCUUUCCCUGAAAUUAACAAAAGACAUUGAUCAGGAAGUCAGGUGUUCCCAUAUCAGCCGAAUGCCCAGCAGUCCAUCUGCAGACUGGCCCCUGCAAGGUUUGGAAGAAAAUGGAGGCCUUGAUUCUCUGCCCUUCAGACUGAUGUUACAGGACUGCACAGCCGUCAAGACGUUGUUAUUAAAGAUGAAAAGAGUUCUUCAAGAGAGUGCAGAUAUGAGCCCAGCAAGUAGCAUCGCUUCACUUCCUGUUAGUCCUCUUACUGAAGAGCCAUUGCCCUUCAAGGAUAUAAUGAAAGAUGAAUGCUCACUGUUGAAGCUGCAGCUGAAAGAGCGGGAUGAACUCAUUUCCCAACUUCAGGAAGAGCUGGAAAAAGUCCAGCAUUUACAGAAGGCUUUUGCUUCCAGAGUAGAUAAAUCCACACAGACUGAACUUCUAGGCUAUGAUGGUUUGAACCUGAAAAGACUGGAGGCAGUACAAGGAGGGAGAGAGGCUACGUAUCGAAAUCGAAUUGUGAGCCAAAGUCUCAGCACAAGGGACAGAAAAGCAAUGCAUACUCCCACCGAGGACCGUUUUAGAUACUCAGCAGCUGAUCAGACAAGCCCCUACAAAAGUAAGACCUGUCAACUAUCAAGUCUAUGUUUAAGUAAUUUCUUGAAGGACAAGGAACUAGUGGAAGUUAUCAAACACUCAAGAGGAACUUAUGAAACCCUCACAUCAGAGGUCACCCAGAAUUUACGAGCCACCGUAGGGCAGAACUCUCUGAAGCCAACAGCUAAGACCGAAGGGCCUUCCACAUUCUCAGAGAAACCAAAGGACCAAGCAACUGUGGCCCGGCAGCAUUCGACCUUUACAGGAAGGUUUGGACAGCCACCAAGAGGGCCAAUCUCUUUACACAUGUACAGCAGAAAGAAUGUUUUUCUCCACCACAAUUUACACACCACUGAGCUGCAAACUCUAGGCCAGCAGGAUGGAUAA